CGUUCCCACAUAACUUAUCUGGGUAUUAAGGUGGGGGCCACUCCCGAGUCCAUAUAUAGACUUAAUUAUGACCCGUUAAUACAUAAAAUAGUUAAGGAACUACAGAGAUGGCAUGAUCUUCGUUGUCGUUACUGGGGUGAAAUCAUCUAAUCAAGAUGAUGUCGGUCUCCAAGCUUCUGUAUCCCAUGCAGACUAUCCCCAUUCUGUUAAAACAGAGAUAUCACAAAAAUUGUUCAGGCAUUUAAUAAUUUCUUAUGGCAUGGCAAGAGGCCUCGGAUUCCAAUGAGUUCCUUAAUAAAGGGGAUUGAACAGGGAGGGAUUGCCUUUCCUGAUAUUAGGAGAUAUAAUUUGGCUUGCAUGGCGAGGUAUAUUUGUGACUGGAUAAAUGGAUCCGGUUUUUACUCAGCAUUGCCGUUGGAGAAGGAAUUCUGUGCUCCCUGGUCUCUGGUGGCGUUGCUGCAUGCAAGGCUGCCGGCGAUUCCGAGGUGGAUUAAAAAGUCUUUAUUAUUUAAAGAUACGAUAGCUGCGUGGAGGAUUCUUCGGAAAAAGUAUUGGUUGUCUUACAGGAUCUCCAAACACCUUCCCCUAUGGAAUAAUCCUGAAUUUAUACAAGGGAAUAAGAAUCAAUUAUUUGAGGAGUGGAGGAGAAAAGGGAUUGUAACUGUGAAACAUCUAUUGCAUGACACUGAAUCUCGAUGGUUAACAUGUGCAGAAUUGAUUGCAAAGUUCUCACUGUCGCCCUUCCAAAUCAUUCAAUGGUCUCAGGUAAGGGAGGCGGUGAUAAAUCAGCUAGGGUUGGUGCAGAAGGAGAUCCGUAGGAAUAUUCUUGAUAGAAUCUUGGAUCUGGGCGGUGGGAAGGUCUCGAUCUCCACAAUUUAUGCUGACAUGAGAAAGGAAGAUGGGAUUGGGGAUAGGAGCAUCAGGUUUGGGAAAUGGGCCGAGCAACUGGAAGAUGAGGAUAUGGCACAAAAGAUGGUGAAAGGUUGGGAGGUGGUUAGGAGACAUGUGGUUAAUGAGUCAUGGAGGGAUACGCAGUUUAGGCUAAUGUAUCGUGCUAUUUAUGGCUUUAAUAUCCCUCCUCACCCAGCGAAGCCGGAUAGGAUAACCAGUUGCCCGAAGUGUGGGGUUAGUUUCACAGAUUUAUUUCACGGAAUUUGGACGUGCCCACAGAGUAAGAGGGUGUGGGAGGAAGUAGGGACCUUAGUCAAGGGAAUCUGGGGAAGGGAGUUUCCAUUGUCCCCCCAACUAUAUUUGUUUCAUUAUGAGGAGGGAGAGGCUGGUCAAGGGGGGUUACCUCGUUUGUUUCAUACGAUAUGCAUGAUGGUUAAGCGGAGUAUUCUGCAAACAUGGCUGCAAGCUGAUGCACCGGGGGUGCAAAGUAUAAUAGAACAGCUAAAAAAGGUGUUUUAUUUGGAGAGAUUGAAUUCCCUUGCGGGAAAAGAGCGACAAGCCAAGGGAUUAUUCCAGAAAUGGAAACCAUUUAUUGCUCACUGUAUGUCUGAUGAGGAGAUCAGAUUAAUAAUGAGUCUGUUCACACUAACGAAAUGGUACCUCGUGGGUCAACUAAAGGGGACCUUGGGUCGUCUAUUGCUCCGAUCUGCCAAUCCGUCUUAGAUUUAUGAGAAUGAGGUGUACACGUGUCAUUGUUAUUGAUUGCUUGUACUGAUUAUAUUGUGAUCAUAACUACUGAAUGCCCCAAUGUAUGUUGUGAAAUUGUUUAUUGCAUUUGCAGUACUGUUUUAUGUCCAGGACUGUACAUUCUGGAUAUAUUGUUUGUCUUGUUGAUAAAAUA